GCAAACCCUAAAAUUACAAAGUUACUAGUUACGAAAAUCCAAUGCAUUGUUUCAUUUUCUAUGUAGUAAUGAAACCCAGUGUGAGUUUAUCCGUUUGCUGACUUUGAUAUUUGCUUGCUAUACCUUACGAAUUCAGCAUAUCAAUAUCGAGAAGAUCUCAAUCCUUUGGAGAAUAGGAGUACUCCAAAUUUAAAAGGUGUAGAGUCAUGUCGAUCAUCAUAUCAAAAUCUCCAACUGUUAAGAUCUGUUCGGCUUUACCAAGUCCAACUCUGAGCAACAAGCCGGUUAAUGACAUUCAGAUCGUGCAUCUCUCUUGAUUGAAAUUCGUCCAUAUCGCCAUCGGAAUAUUCAUCCCGUCGCAGAUAAUGUUCGUGAAGAAAAUCGUGGAGAAGGCGUCUUUUAAUAAGAAGGAGUUUACACCGGACAAACAAGAUACUUGAUACUCCAAUUGCAUAAAGCCAGGCUUGAGAAUUGAGACGUCCCAAGAGUGUGAGACUCAAAUCCGGAAGAGGCAGCACGGGACGAUUGAAGAUUCAGAAAUUCCAUCUUUAUUGCUUCCUAUGAUCUUCUUCUGAAGCUCCACGUAGUUCCAACUUCCAACCUUCCAGGUAACGAGUCUGCUUAAUUGCUUCAGACUUUCUUUCUGCAAUUUGGAGUUCUAACAUUAUCCACUGCAAAUCUAUUGAUGUCGUAGUUUUCUUCAUUCACUCAUUAUAUGAAUUUUGUUUAUGAUAACUUAAGAAAUAAAUUUUUAUUGAUGGUAAUAAUAUAUACUCCGUAUUUAGAAGUAUUUUGUAUUAGUCAUUUAUGUUUUGCACUAAUAUUUUUAUAAAUGUCAUUGUUUCAGUCAUUUAGUCAUUUUGUCACUAAUAAUAUUUAAAAAAAUUAACAAUUGUGUACUUGUUGUAAAAUCCUGGAAAUGACAAGUGUGAAUUGUUCAUCCUUGUCAUCAAUCCAGAAAUUAUGUUUAAUCCUUGUAACCUAGUUAGAACAGAUGGCUCAAAUUGUUAUUGCCACCAAAUCAGUAGAUUCAUCCCUUAAGUGACUAAUCAUCAAGUUCAAACAUUAUAAAUAGGAGCUUGAUGAGGCAUUGUAAAUUCAUUCAGAAAUUCAGAAUUUUCAGAAAAUAUUAAGAGAUUAAGAAGAAGAUAUUCAGAGUUUUUAUUAAUAUAUCUAUUUCUUAAGUUUAGUCUUCAUCUUCUUCAUUUCACAACACGUUAUCAGCACGAAUCUGCUCAAAAUCUUCAAGAAAUCAUCAUCUCCUGCAGUACAAUGGCAAAUAUAAGCAAAAGAGAAUUCGAUGUUCUUGAUCUGUCCGGUCAAAAAUACUUGGAAUGGAAAGUGGAUGCCUUGGCACAUUUAAAGGCAAAUGGAUUGGAAGACACCAUUGAAACUAAUAAUCAAUCAUCUUCCCAAGACAAAGCGAAAGCUAUUAUUUUUCUCCGUCACCAUCUCCAUGAAAGUCUCAAAUCUGAAUAUCUUUUGGUUGAUGACUCAAAAGAAUUAUGGGACAAUUUACAUGAGAGAUAUGGUCACCAACAAAAGGUACUUUUACCAAAAGCUCAGUAUGACUGGAUCAAUCUAAGAUUCCAGGACUUUAAAUCUAUCAGUGACUAUAAUUCUGCUAUGUUCCAAAUAACAUCUAAAUUGAAGUUAUGCGGACAAAAAGUCACUGAUGCUGAUAUGUUGGAGAAAACCUUUUCUACAAUGCAUAUUUCUAAUAUGCUGCUACAACAGCAAUAUAGAGAAAAAGGUUUUAAAAAAUACUCCGACUUAAUAUCAGUAUUAUUGGUAGCUGAGAAAAAUAAUGACCUUUUGAUGAAAAAUCAUAAUCUGAGACCCACUGGUUCUAGUCCUUCGGUUUAUGGUCCAUCUGGCCAUAAUUUAGCAACUGAAUCAAAUGUAACAUACAGUGGCAGUAGAAGGCAUUUUAAACGUGGACAUUUUAAUGGUCAUAAUAACAAGCCACACCGAGGAUAUAAACGGGUCGAUAUACCAAAUUACAAGGGCAAGGGCAAACAAAAAGCCCAUCAAAUAAAUCGCCCUACAAAACCCUCGGUGAAGACGGCUUGUUACAAGUGUGGCAUGACGGGGCACUGGGCUAACAAAUGUCGUACUGCAAAGCAUUUGGUGGAAUUAUUUCAAGCUUCCAUGAAUCUCAAUAAAGCCAAAAAUAUGGAAGUUAAUUAUGUCAAUGACACAACUCCACCUAUGCCAAAAUUUGACGUGUCCGACUUUUUCGCGGAUGAUGCCAUUAUGGAUGAUGCUUUUGCCAUUGAUCAAACUAACACAAAAUAAAUUAUAAGACUUACAUGUUGUAAAAUAAUAGUUUAUGUUAUCAUGUACUUUUUCUUUCUUUUCCUUUAUGUUAUUCUCAUAAAUAAGUAUGUAAUAUAUGCACUUUGAUGUUAUAUAUAAUGCAUAAUUUGCGUUAUUUUCAUAUCAAACUUAUGUUUAUUUAUAUAUAUAUUGAAGAUAUGGAUCACUCAAAUGAUAAAGAGCCAUGUCUGAUAGACAGCGCCACAACGCACACCAUUUUGAGAAAUAAAAUAUAUUUUUCUCAAAAGACUUUAGUUGAAGCUAAAGUCAAUACAAUAUCGGGUGUUGCGAAGCUCAUUGAAGGCUCUGGGAAAGCAUAUGUGAUGCUACCUAAUGGGACAAAAAUAAUUAUAAAUGACGCUUUAUACUCCAGCAAAUCGCGGAGAAAUUUAUUGAGCUUUAAAGAUAUGCGUCAAAAUGGUUAUCACAUAGAAACCAUGAAUGAAAACCAAAAGGAAUAUCUUUGAUCACGACAACUAAAUCUGGCGCUAAAUAUUUUUGUGAAAAAAUGCCAGCAUAUUCCUCAGGACUAUAUUUCACAUAUAUUAGUCCAUUCGAAAUAAAUUUGGUUUCUAACAAAAAGUUAGAUGAUCAGAAAACAUUCAUGUUGUGGCAUGACCGUUUAGGUCACCCAGGCCAAGUAAUGAUGCAUAAAAUCAUUAAGACUUCACACGGACACCCAUUAAAGAAUAUCAGGGUUCCAGUAUCAAGUGAUUUUCCUUGUAAGGCCUGUUCUCUUUGCAAAAUGAUCAUCAGGCCUUCAAUGAACAAAAUUGCAACUGAAUCACCUGCAUUUUUAGAAAGGAUUCAAGGAGAUAUUUGUGGGCCGAUAGCCCCACCAUGUGGACCAUUUCGAUAUUUUAUGGUGUUGAUUGAUGCUUCAACACGUUGGUCACAUGUUAGUCUUUUAUCGACUAGAAAUUUAGCAUUUGCUUAACUCCUUGCUCAAAUCAUACGACUAAGAGCUCAUUUUCCGGAUCAUUCUAUAAAGAGAAUCCGACUUGACAAUGCAGGAGAAUUUACAUCCCAAUCAUUUAACGACUAUUGUAUGUCGAUUGGGAUUGAUGUGGAGCAUCAUGUUGCUCAUGUCCAUACACAAAAUGGUCUUGCUGAAUCUUUGAUUAAACGAUUACAAUUAAUCGCUAGACCAUUAUGAAUGAAGUGUAAUUUACCUUCAUCAGCUUGGGGACAUGCUAUUUUACAUGCAGCAAAUUUAAUUCGGCUUAGACCGACUGCAUAUCAUGAAUAUUCUCCAAUGCAAUUAGUUACUGGACAAGAGCCAAACUUAGCACACAUUAAAAUAUUUGGUUGUGCUGUUUAUGUUCCGAUUGCUCCACCUUAUCGUACAAAAAUGGGUCCUCAAAGAAGGUUGGGAAUUUAUGUUGGAUUUGAAUCUCCCUCAAUAAUCAAAUAUCUUGAACCGAUGACUGGUGACUUAUUCACCGCACGGUUCGCUGACUGUCAUUUCAAUGAGACAGUAUUCCCAACCUUAGGGGGAGAAACUAGUAAAUCGGACCCAAGUACGAAAGAAAUAACAUGGAAUGCAACAUGAUUAUCACAUCUUGACUCAAAAUCAAAUAUAUGUGAGCAAGAGGUGCAAAAGAUAAUCCAUUUACAAAAUGUUGCAAAUCAGUUGCCUGAUGCAUUCACAGACACAAAGAAAGUGACAAAGUCACAUAUUCCUGCCAUGAAUGCCCCUACCAGAAUCGAAAUUCCAACAGAGAAUUCUGAAAAAUCUUUUGCAAAUGAUUCUUCUAUACGCAAAAAGCGUGGCAGGCCACUUGGAUCGAAAGAUAUAAAUAAAACCAAGAAAAACUAAAAGGCAAGAAUCGAUCUGUGAUGCCAAAGAUGUUCAUCCUUCUGAACAAGAAAAUGAACAAUUUGAAAAUAUUGGCAUAGAAAAUGAUAUUGACAAAACAAAUAUCUCAAAUGAUGAUCCAACUUCCUUAAAUGAGGAAUAUAUUUCAGAUAAUGAUAGAAACGUUGAUAAUUAUGAAAUUUCAAUAAACUACGUUUCUACUGGAAUGCAAUGGAAUCGUAAAGAUAUUGAUAUUAAUGAGAUAUUUGUCUAUGCCGUUGCCACAAAUUUUAUGAAUGAAAACAAUGACAAUGAGCCAACAUCAAUAGAAGAAUGUCGGAAACGACACGAUUGGCCAAAAUGGAAUGAAGCAAUUCAGGCUGAAUUGAAAUCACUUGAAAAACGUGAUGUUUUUGGACCGAUAGUCCCUACGCCAAAAGGCGUAAAACCAGUAGGCUUUAAAUGGGUAUUUGUGCGUAAACGCAAUGAGAAAAAUGAAAUUGUAAGAUAUAAAUCCCGACUUGUUGCCCAAGGGUUUUCUCAAUUGCCGGGAAUUGAUUAUGAAGAAACCUAUUCUCCAGUAGUUGAUGCAACUACAUUAAGGUUUCUCAUUGGCAUGUCUGUUUUUGAAAGGUUGCAAAAGCACCUAAUGGAUGUAGUAACUGCAUAUUUAUACGGUUCACUCGAUACAGACAUUUAUAUGAAAGUUCCCGGAGGAUUUAAAAUGCCUGAAGCUUAUAGCUCGAAAUCUCGAGAAAUGUUUUCCAUUAAACUACAAAAGUCAUUGUAUGGACUAAAACAAUCUGGACGAAUGUGGUAUAAUCGUCUUAGUGAAUACCUUCUUAAGGAAGGAUAUAAGAAUGAUCCAAUUAGUCCAUGUGUUUUCAUCCGGCGAUUAAAUUCAGGAUUCGCCAUAAUUGCAGUAUAUGUUGAUGACUUAAAUAUUAUUGGAACUCCCGAUGAGAUUGAAAAUACUGAAAAAUAUCUUAUGAAAGAAUUUGAAAUGAAAGAUCUAGGGAGAACCAAAUUUUGUCUCGGACUUCAAAUUGAGCAUUUGAAGAAUGGAAUUUUCAUCCAUCAAUCCAAUUACACUGAGAAAGUUUUGAAGAGAUUCUAUAUGGACAAAGCUCAUCCUUUGACUUCACCGAUGGUGAUUCGAUCUCUCAACAUACACGAUGAUCCAUUCCGUCCCCGAGAAGAUGACGAAGAAAUACUUGAUCCCGAAGUACCAUAUCUGAGUGCUAUUGGAGCUUUAAUGUAUUUAGCUAAUAAUACUAGACCAGAUAUUGCAUUCUCCGUAAAUUUAUUAGCUAGGUACAGUUCAUGCCCAACAAGACGUCAUUGGAACGGGAUCAAGCACAUAUUCCGUUAUCUACGUGGUACAGUUGAUCUUGGCUUAUUCUACCACAAAGAUGAAAAAGCCGCUUUAAUCGGAUAUGCAGACGCUGGAUACUUAUCAGAUCCUCAAACGGCGAAAUCACAAACCGGGUACGUAUUUACUUAUGGUAACACCACAAUCUCAUGGAGAUCUAUGAAGCAGACAUUGACAGCUACAUCGUCAAAUCAUUCUGAGUUAAUUGCACUAUAUGAAACCGGAAGAGAAUGUGUGUGGCUACGAUCUAUGAUUCAACACAUCCAAAAUGAAUGCGGUAUGAAGUCUAUUACUUGUCAUCCUACUGUGAUCUACGAAGACAAUACUGCGUGCAUAGCUCAGAUUAAAGAAGGCUACAUAAAAGGAGACAGAACAAAACACAUAUCACCAAAGUUCUUCUCUACUCAUGAUCUCGAGAAAGAAGGGACGAUCAACAUUCAACAAAUCAGAUCCAGUGAAAAUCCAGCCGAUCUCUUCACCGAAUCUUUACCCCCGAAGAAGUUCAUGGAACUUGUACAGAAAAUCGGCAUGCGACGUCUUCAUAAUUUAUACUAAAUUUAGGGGGAGUAUUUGAAUGCACUGCACUCUUUUUCUCUUCAUCAGGUUUUUAUCCCACUAGGUUUUUCCUGAUAAGGUUUUUAACGAGACAGUACAUCCAAAUACAACGACAUUAUAAGUCGUAAUUUUUACCCCUUAAUUUUCACAAUAAGUUUUUAAAAUAAUAGACAACUAUUCAAGGAUGAACAUUCAAGGGGGAGUGUUGUAAAAUCCUAGAAAUGACAAGUGUGAAUUGUUCAUCCUUGUCAUCAAUCCAGAAAUUAUGUUUAAUCCUUGUAACCUAGUUAGAACAGAUGGCUCAAAUUGUUAUUGCCACCAAAUCUGUAGAUUCAUCCCUUAAGUGACUAAUCAUCAAGUUCAAACAGUAUAAAUAGGAGCUUGAUGAGGCAUUGUAAAUUCAUUCAGAAAUUCAGAAAUUUCAGAAAAUAUUAAGGGAUUAAGAAGAAGAUAUUCAGAGUUUUUAUUAAUAUAUCUAUUUCUUAAGUUUAGUCUUCAUCUUCUUCAUUUCACGACAGUACUAUAAUUGUUAUUUUUCUUUUGUUUGUUGAUGGUUUUUCUUUUAUUUAUUACAGAAUAUCAUCUAUAUAUAUGCCAAACAUGCAGGUAUUAGCAUGACGGGUAAUUAAAAGCUCAUAAAGAGAAAGAACAAGUUUAGAAUAAAUUUGGUUAGAAAAUCAUUUUUGGAUUGGUAUGUAAACAAGAUAUCUGUUUUGUUCAUUAUUUUCUCAGUUAUUUUGCUCUUAUUUAUUCAAUUUCAAGUUUUGUUUUCAAUAAAUAGUAGUUAUGUUUUUUACUAAUUGGUUCAUCGCUCAAUCAAUAUUACCAUUCUUUGGACACUCAACUGGUAGUCAAAGCUGUGAAGCAUCUCCACUUGAAGUUGCAUAUUGUUUAUGAUGUGUUGGAAACGUUGUAACAUAAGCUGCCUGUUAGGCUAAAAGUUUGGUCAAGUGCUGAUCUUUCUUAUAUGGAGUAAUUAAUUAUUGGUUACUGCAUAAUAAGUCACGGGCGGGUCCGGUCAUCCAGAUCUUGCACUACUCGCUCGCCUAAUCCAUUGUCAUCCUUAAGUUAGCUGACUAAAUGUGUAAAAAACUAGGCAAGUAUGAGUAGCUUAUUAUAAAUAAAGAAUAUCAAAUAGAUCUAUUGAUUUCUUGAGUCACGAGUAGUUUGUUAUUGGUUAAUAUGUUGUCAAUAUUGGAAAUAAUAAAGUAAACAAAUUAAUAUAAAAAAUUCAAUUGAAGAGGUUUUGGAAUGGUUUUUCUAAAAACACGUAACUGAAAUUGAUAUUUUAUAAGAUGGUAAUAAUCUUAUUUAAGUCUGAAAAUGGAAGUAAAAUGUUAAUACAAGUGAAAUUAAGCAGGAGUAAAAAAUUAUAGUAAUUAUAGUAUGUUAUUUAUAAGAUUUGAUUGUAAAUAUAAUAACAAUCAAAUUUAUAUGACUCCGAUUACAGUUCGUAUACCGUGGGAUCAUCCCACGGUGAGCAUGGUGCUCCACUUCCAAAACGACGCAGCUUUACUCAAAUUUUUUUAAAAAAAUCGCGUGAACAGUACACGCGUCCUAUUUUUUUCCUUUUGUCCCAGUAGCAUGAAUGAUGUAACUCGCGUGUAAAGAUAUGUAACUCACGUUAUUGAUCAAUGUAACUCCCGUCCGUUCGAAAUGUAACUUGUCAAAAUACAUAGUAUAAAAAAUAAAAUAUUGAUGUCAAUGUAAAUAAUGAAAAGAAGAAGUCUAAUUGCCCAAAUAUUUUACAUAAAUAUUGUAUAUGUUUUGUUUUUAGUAUUAGAUCUAUAAAAAUGUUUUUUAUGAAAAUAAUUUUUUUUAAUAACAGAGCUUAUUGUGUUGUGUAACUCGCAAUGUAUUGUGAUGUAACUCGCAUUAUGAAAAAUGUAAAUUACAUGUAAGCGAGAUGUAACUUGAUGAAGAAAGUUGACAUGUAACUUACGCUAAUAGAUAUGUAACUUUAGGCAAAUACCGGUGUAACUUGAGUGUGAGUAAGAUGUAAGAAGGUGAGUCUUCAUCAUUAGAAUCUGAACUUUCAUAUUAAAAACAUUAUUACUAUUAUACAUAUAGAUUAAAACAAAAAAUUAGCUUGAAGUCAUUAUAUUGGCCCACACAUACGGACUCCACAUCCAAAAUACACACCUGCAACUUCAGAAAUAAGGGAUAGCCCCAUAUCGUCGAUGUUUACUUCAAUCCGCAGAAGGAUGACGUUGAGAUGCUCAUAGCGCCUGCACUAGCAAUAGACCUAAUCUUUACAUCGGUGCAACCAAUUUCAGGGAAGGCCGUGGGGCGACGGCGAAACCUCUAGUCCCACAUGCGGCGGAGUUCCAUGGUGAGAUGAAACAAUGAAGGAGAUGAAGGGGAUCCGACGAUUUGCUCUUUUUUUUAAUAGGAAGCAUAAAACUGUACCGUUUUGGGAUCGGCACACCAUGCUCAUGGUGGAUCGAUCCCACAGUAUAAUUUGCGCUCCGAUUGUUAUAUCGACUACACUCCCUUUAGUAUCAACAUCAAGUAUUUAGGAUAAUAUCAAUGAUUGCACUAUUUAGGAUAAUAUGAUUUGAUUGUAAGGUCAAUAUAAUAUGAUUACAUUUGUAAUAUUGUAAAUAUGGCAGAUUAAAAUAACAACCACAAGUAAUUUGAAUCUUCCAAUUGGUGAGUUCUUAAUAUUUAUGCAUUAUUUCACCUUUUAGUGCAUUUACACAUUGCAUUUGUUUUAAAAUUAUCAUGUAUUAUUCUAAGCAAAUAAUAAUACAAAAUACUUGGGUAAUGUUUUUUUCGUGCAUUACACGGAUGAGAAUCUCAACUCUAAUGUACUUUGUAAUUGCUAUCAAUGCAGUCUCAAAGGCUCAAAGCAAUUCGUCACACACAAAACUCAAAAAUCAAAAUAUGGGUGAUAACGUAAUUACAUAAAGCCUUUCAAGAAUAGUGUUAAUGAUUAUGAUGCUAAGUCAACAAAAAAUAAUGAAAAUAAAGAUGAUAAGUGGACAAACCAUCAAAGGAGUUCGAAUAGAAGAAGACAAAUAGGAGGAAGAUCAUUUCAUCAUCAAAGGAAGUUGGAUUUUAGCUGGUGAUAUUUGAGACAGCAAAAGCAAAAGAAGUAAAUGAAGAAUAAAAUUAAAAUUUAUAUAAUGCUCCAAUCAUUUAUUUGGCAUGAGUGCAUUGUGUUGCGUUUGAUGAAGAACAUGAGGCUCCAAUCACUUAGUGACGAUCGUGAAUAUGAAGAUUUGGUAGAGUUCGCGAAGUGGAUUGCAGACUUAGGAGAUGGUAUUGCGGGCGAUGUCAAUGAUGGAUUUGAUGAUAUCAAAAUUCCAAGUGACAUUCUAUUAGUGUGGAGAGGAUCUAAUUGCCACUAUUGUGAAAAGCACCUAUCCUAACUUUGAGAAUAUUGCCAAUGAUUCGUCCUACCAAUGUUGUCUACAAAGAAGUAUUUCGGAAUGUGUAGAGUACGAAUUUCCUAUUGUAAUAUUUAUUAUUCCUUACUCUCCCAUAACAUUAUUCGUACCAAUUACGAGUCAUAUAUAUUUACCUUAAUUACAAUUGGUUAUGUGUAUUACAUAUAUACUCUUUCAUGUCAUUUAGACAUUAACUAUUUAUAUUAACAAUGAAUAUAAAAUAACUAUUAUUACUUAAUAUUGUAUUUAAUAUAUGUCCCGCGCAUCGCGCGGGUGAGAAUCUAGUAGGGCAUAACAACAAGUAUAAUAGCAUAAUAAUGUUCUAGCAUUCAUAUAAUGCUCGAUAUCUUAAUCACAUAACACUAAAUCUAGAAAACUUAGUACUUAAAAUUAGUCAGAAGAAGUCAUUUCAAGAAUUUGAAAAAACUCUUAGAAGUUAGAACCCGUUUGGUAACAAUUAAAUUGGCUGAAUGGGCUGGACAUGCUCAAAUUGACAAAGUUCUGGCUGAAACGGCUGAUUUAUGGGGAAAUUAUAUUAUAUUUAAAAUAUAUUUUGUUAAUAAAAAUAAGAAAAAAUUAUAUAAAUAAAUAGCUAAAAUGAUCCUCUACAACAACUCCGGUCAAUUCAGCCACAAAAGUAACUCCGGCCAAUUCAGCCACGUGAAACUAAGUGUUACGUGUAUGGUAAAAAUGUUGAUUGACAAGUCAGAUAAGCUCAAAAUAGGGGUUACCAAAUGGUCUCUUAAUACUUACAUUUAUCAUAAAAGUCUAAUCGCCAAAAUGAUAUGUUCAACUGAUGGUGCAAGCAUAAGACACAAAGAACUAUGUAAACGGAAUAGAAAAUCACAUCGGCUCCACUUCCUUGGCAUAGUAUUAAAUGGUUUCACUUUCGAUUAGCCAGAGUUCAUAUUCACAAAUCACAACUUCACUGCCACUGCCGCCACCGCCCCCGAAAAAAAACAUGCAAAUCCUUUUAAGUUCUAAAACUUGUAGAAAAACUUCAUUGACAAAAUAUUACAGGAUGUAUACUUUUUCACCGAAAUUUGGAAACAAGAAUAUUCACUCCAAAAGAGCUAAAUAUUUGAUUGACCAUAUCAUGUUGUAUUAUAUUCCAUUCUAAGCUAUACACGGUAAGAUUAUAUAUGAAAUAUAUUACAAUAAAUGUUGAAGAUCAGAUUUGAUUUUAUAUGAAAUACAUCAUAAUUAAUGUUGUAGAUCAAUUUGGUUUGCAGUUCCUUCUAUACGCCCCUCAAGCCACGUAUGUUGUUAAUGUCGUGAAAGUGGAUUUGUGAGUAAAUAUGCCAGUUGAUCAACUGAACAGAAGCAAGAGCUCAACUUGGAGGAAGAGAGGUCGAGGUCCUGUGAGUUUACCGAAGGCGGGGACGGGCUUGAGCCCACCUUCGUGGACUGGUUGCGGGUUGUUUAAUUAGUUUUAUUCUUUUAUAACUUUCCUAAUUUAUUUCCUAUUUCAUGUUACUUGGGUUUUCUAUUAUUUUCUUUCCUAUUUAGAGUUAGUUAGGAUUUCUAUUAUUUUGUUUCCUAUUUGGAGUUAAUUAGGAUUUCUAUGAUUUUGUUUCCUAGUUUGAAAUUAGUAGAUUAAUAUAUUUGUAUUUAAACCCCUAAUUAGUAGAUGAUGUAUUUGAACCCCUA